AUGACUAACUCAUCAUCGUUUCAGCCGUCCGCGACGGGUCAGAACUGGGAGAAGUACCAGAAGAACUUUGCCGAUGAUGAGGUAGAGGAGAAGAAGAUUACCCCUCUCUCUGACGAGGAUAUCCAAGUCCUCAAGACUUACGGCGCCGCGCCCUACGGAACAUCGAUCAAGAACCUCGAGAAGCAGAUCAAGGAGAAGCAACAAAGCGUAGAUGAGAAGAUUGGUGUAAAGGAAUCAGACACCGGACUUGCGCCACCACAUCUCUGGGAUGUCGCCGCCGACCGCCAACGAAUGUCCGAGGAGCAGCCCCUGCAGGUCGCUCGCUGUACGAAGAUCAUCGCCGACGAGAAGGACGAGUCUAAGAGCAAAUACGUCAUCAAUGUCAAGCAGAUCGCCAAGUUUGUUGUUCAGCUAGGCGAGCGGGUUUCACCUACGGAUAUCGAGGAGGGCAUGCGGGUGGGAGUCGACCGCAACAAGUACCAGAUCUUGCUACCUUUACCACCAAAGAUCGAUGCCAGUGUCACCAUGAUGACGGUCGAGGAGAAGCCAGAUGUCACUUACGGAGAUGUGGGUGGAUGCAAGGAGCAGGUCGAAAAGCUCAGGGAAGUUGUUGAGAUGCCUCUUUUAUCGCCCGAGCGGUUCGUCAACCUGGGCAUCGAUCCACCCAAAGGCGCUCUUCUCUACGGCCCUCCCGGAACCGGCAAGACCCUCUGCGCCAGAGCUGUCGCCAACCGAACAGACGCCACAUUCAUCAGAGUCAUCGGAAGCGAGCUGGUGCAGAAGUACGUUGGUGAGGGAGCCAGAAUGGUGCGGGAGCUCUUCGAGAUGGCCCGCACAAAGAAGGCUUGUAUCAUCUUCUUUGACGAGAUCGAUGCAAUUGGCGGUGCCCGUUUCGAUGACGGUGCUGGUGGAGACAACGAGGUACAGAGAACAAUGUUGGAGCUUAUCACACAACUCGACGGUUUCGACGCCCGCGGUAACAUCAAGGUCAUGUUCGCCACAAACAGACCUUCCACGUUGGAUCCCGCGCUCAUGCGUCCCGGCCGUAUCGACCGCAAGAUCGAGUUCUCCUUGCCCGACCUCGAGGGCAGAGCCAACAUCCUGCGGAUCCACGCGAAGAGCAUGUCGGUCGAGCGGGACAUCAGAUGGGAGCUUAUCUCGAGGCUGUGCCCGAACGCCACGGGUGCUGAGCUGCGAAGUGUCUGCACGGAGGCCGGCAUGUUCGCCAUCCGUGCCCGGAGGAAGGUCGCGUCGGAGAAGGAUUUCCUGAGCGCGGUGGACAAGGUCAUCAAGGGCAACCUCAAGUUCAACUCGACAGCCACAUACAUGCAGUACAACUAG